AAGUUUUCAAAGAAUCUGUGUCCUUACUACAUUCAUGCGGUACAACUAAAAUAAACAAAACACACAGACAUAAUGCACGAGAGACGCGUUGAGAAAAUUAAAGGCGGCCAUUAUGUUGCAACACACAGUCAACCCGUAGGAUACCCUGCGUAUACUCAUUCUAAUCGAGCUUACUCUACUGAUGGUGAAGAAUCACAUAAUGCAGCAUCGGCGGCGGGAUAUACAGUUACACAGGAGUAUCCAUAUAGCUCGGCGCGCAAAAUAAAUUUAUAUCAAAACCAGCAAAGUCCAGCAGAGGAGAGUAGUGUAAUUUAUAAUCAAAAAUGGUCAAAUGGAUCACCGCAAGCCCGCACAUUUUCUACUCUUACUUAUGACCAAGGUGGUGAUGUAAGCAGUGAAAUUUAUGUGACUAGUGCUGCUUAUAAAGAACCUUCAGAAAUAAGUCGAUAUAGCCAUCGGCCACAAUCACGUGGGGCAUCACAUAGUGUUUACUCGAUGGCAAGCACAGCAAAGACGGGGCAAAGUGCUCGGUCAACAACGAAAAGAGGCGUAAAAAUAGACGCGAUGUCUGCGCCAAACCCAUUUUGCCCUAAUAUAAAAGGAGUUUGCUGUCUUAUGUUGCUUUUGAAUCUUGGUUUAAUUCUCGUAACCUUGGGUUUUGUGAUUGUUGUCCAAUUUUAUGAUCCUCUAUAUGUGUGGAUACUUGGGAUUAUAUUUUUAAUUUUUGGAUUCCUCACUCUCAUUGGGUGCAUGAUAUAUUGCGUGCAUGUUUGCAGAGACGCCAAAACACCUUCUCAAGUGCGUAAUGAAAAUCUUUACUGGACGAGACAUUGGCAAAAUAACAUCGGUUACAUACCUACCAAAGAGAUUUCUUAUAAAGGGAACAAAUAUGACGGUUAUUCAGACCAUUAUUCGAUAAGCAAAGUUAGUGGAAAAUACUCAGACCGCGGUAGCAAUCAUUAUUAGAAAUACCCGCCUAUUAUAAAGGUGUUCAUGACGACGAAACUAAUAUUAAUAUUUUAUUAAUUUAAACAGUUGUGAAUUAUUAAAAUAUACACCCAUAGUUAUAGUUGAAAGUAAAAUGCACUUUAAAGUUACUAGGAUACAAUUUUAAAGAAAUACUGUUAAUGCUAUCAUUUCCAAUAUUAAAGGGGGUCUAAUUUUUUUUUAACUAUGUGUCAAUGAAUUAUAUUUAAACCAUACUCAAAUGUAUUAAAACUGGGCCAACUCAUGUCAUUAGUUGGACUUAACGUUGUUGUACUUACAGUUAAUAAGUUUUUACGUCUACAUAUGUAUUUUAUCUAUAUACUUUAUUUAAAAAUAUACAAAAUAUACAACACUUAUUAACACAGCACGAUA